AUGACAUCUGUUCCUGAACCCAGCCGCCUCGACGGCGCUCAAGGGAGUGCUCCACGUCGUCGCAACGGCCGUCAGCAGGCGUGUGAACCAUGUCGCAAGCGCAAGGUAGCGUGCGACCAUCAAUUGCCCGUCUGUUCGAGGUGCCGGCGCGGAAAUAUCAUGGACUCGUGUAUAUACGUCAUUGACCAGCCGCCGCAAAAGCGGCUCAAGUUCACGCCCCCUGCUUCGCCCUCACCACGCCUUGCCACGCAGCCGCCGACUGGGCUCCCGCGCGACUUCUCACCUCAGCCUGACAAUAACGUGGGAUAUCUGGGGGCCACCAGCUUUUCCGCCGUCUUCCAGGAUACCCAGACUGUCUUGCCGCAGAGCGCACAAACUCCGGAGCAAGCCGAGGACCUGCCGUUUGCCCUGUUCGAGGAACACCCGUCCUCUAGGUCACUGAGCAUUCUGCGGUCCAUCCCUGAUCGUGCGACCUGCAGUGCCUUGUUUAAGCUUUAUGUAAAUCCAAUUGACGGCUGGUGUCGGCUUGCGGCACAGAUAUUGAACGAGAGCCUAUGGAUCACGUUUGGCCAUGUGCUCGAGGGCACGAGGACGCAGGACAACCUGACAACCAUGGCUAGGAUUCUGUGUCGGAACAGCUCGAUACCACUCCGGGAAGAGCACACAGAUCCAAUCGCGUGGCUGCGGUCAUUUUCCGGCCAAAAGAUGCGGUGGGAGUCGCUUGGGCUCCUGUUUUGCUACUGGGCACUGGGCACAAAAUCGCUCCCCGAGAAUGCUGAGCUCCGCGAGACCCAGCAACUGCGUGAUACUGAUCGACGGAGACUGCUCAAUAAGUAUACGCUCGGUGCGGGCAUGUGCGUGGAUAUAUGCAAGAACGGCUCCACGGCCAACUCAAUGCUUGCGAUCCUACUGUACAGAUACGGCAUUAUUCAGUCCAUCAUCAGCGGCGAUGCAAGCAUUCAGUUCUGGAGAAUCCACGGAGAGCUUGCCGCUCUGACCAGCUUCCUUGGUUUACACGUCACGCCGCCUUCCAUGAUCAAUGACCACUCCAUCAGCUCGGAGAUGAAGCGUCGGCUUUACAGCAUGAUCUUCAAGAGCGACAAAGUCGUUGCUACAUUUACCGGCCGGCCUCCGCUCAUUGGCAGCAGGUUUGCCACGACACCACUGCCGCUAGAUGUCAGCGACGAGGAGUUGCUAAACAGCGACGGCAACUCGCUGGCCAACAGUCCCAAUGUUGACGAGCACGGGUGGAACAACAGGGGCAAGAUUUUCUCCGGGACCAUGAUGAGAGCCAAGAUGAUACUGACUCUGAUCAAGGAGCAGAUUUUGGAAAUCGCGCUCCAGAUCACGCCGAGUGGUGAUACAGACCAAGUCUUAAUCGACUUGCGGAGGAGAGAGUUGGAGGCCCUAGACCGGUUCCCCAAAGUCCUCAUCUACCGCGACACGGAUAUAAAUGAUCCAGACACGGACGGGCCUACCCUGUACUCCCGCGUCAUGAUCCGCCUCGACCACCUCCAAAACAUGUUCUUCAUCGAGCGUCUCCUCAGCAAAGGCAGCUCCAUGCUCGGCUCCGAAAUCAUCGACAUCAGCUUCGAAAUGAUUUCUCUGACACUCAUAUUCUGGACGCACCAGGAAAAGUUAUUCGGCGUGUCGGGCGACUCCGAAUGGCUACUGAUGUGCUACGCCGCGCCGGCCGCCGGUAUUCUUUGCAUGGAAUUACUCCGUGGUCGGAGCUCAGUAGCAACCACCCCGAGCCGCAGUAGUAGCACAAACCCCCCCAUUACGAGGUCGCGCUUGAUCCAGCAACUCAGUCUGCUGGUUGGAUUUCUGGACUGGGUUGGUCCCAUGGCUCCCAACACGGAGAGCUGCAGCAGUGUGAAGAAGGCGGUGCGGCACGUUUUGGACCAGGCUUUGAAUGAGGGCGCGCCGCAGGUCACCGCGCCGAUGGACUGGGUUGGCGAUUUUGGAGUCGGGUUUUCUGGAGACAUGAAUGACUUUUUCAACUUUGAACUUUUGCACACCUUUGAUUGGUUGCGGCCCGAUGGGCAGUGA